AUGGAAACACUGAACGCUGAAACAGGAAAGACCAAACGACGCUAGGAAAAUCCAGGUGGUUUCAACACAUUUAUCAUCGUUUUGUUUCACUCCUCUACAUCAGAUAGGUGUAGGAUGGCAGGUACAUCGCGGCACGACCGAGAUAUGGCAGUCAGUGCCAAGAAACAGCUGACGAAUUGUUCAGACCCCAUUGAGCGUUUGAGGUUGCAGUGUUUGGCACGAGGGUCCGCAGGAAUCAAAGGACUGGGCAGGACUUUUCGGAUCAUGGAUGAUGACAAUAGUCGCACACUGGACAUGAAAGAGUUUCUGAAAGGCCUUAGUGACUAUGGUGUGCUCAUCGAGAAAGAAGAGGCCAUGAACCUUUUUCAGCAGUUUGACAAGGACGGCAGUGGACUCAUUGAUUUUGAUGAGUUCCUUAUCACUCUGAGGCCACCCAUGUCUAAUGCCAGAAAGGAGGUGGUGCUACAGGCAUUCAAAAAGCUGGAUAAGACCGGAGAUGGUGUGAUUACAAUCGAGGAUCUGAGAGGAGUAUACAAUGUCAAAAAUCACCCAAAAUAUCGAAACGGUGAGUGGACCGAAGACCAAGUAUUCCGCAAAUUCCUGGACAGUUUUGACUCUCCGGAUGACAAGGAUGGAAAGGUCACAAAAGAGGAGUUUUUGAACUACUACUCCGGCGUGAGCGCAUCCAUUGACACAGAUAUCUACUUUAUUGUAAUGAUGAAAAGUGCAUGGAAGCUUGACUAAACUUCUAAAUCACCUGUUUUUGGGUGACAAAAGAUGAAUUCUGGAACUAUUACAGCGGAGUCAGCGCUUCUAUCGAUAAUGAUGUAUAUUUUAUUUUAAUGAUGAAGACUGCAUGGAAGUUAUGAUUGAUAUGAAUUGAUAACACUUCUGAAAUCAAAGAAAGUUAGUCUUAAUAAACAUAUUAAUUAUAAAUUAAGGAUAUUAACAAAGAAUCUGGAAAAUCAAAAAAUAGAAGAAUUGUAGAAGCCUAAAUUGUGUGUAAAAUGUGUGAGCUUGGUCAGUGGAAACUGAGUUUUAGGGUAAAUCGCAGCAUAUCUGUGUAAACCAGUGUGGUUUAUGUGAUACAUGAAAGUUUUGAAAUUCAUAUUUAUGCAUGUUAUGGCACACUGUAAAAAAAACAACUUAAAAAAGUAAGUGUUCGUGUUGCCUUUUUUAAGUUUUUAAGUUUAGUCAUGAAAUGUUAAGUUUUACUACAUGAAACCGUGGAUAUUUGAGUUGAGUAAACUUAAAAUUUGAAGGCAGCGCAAACACUUUUUUAAGUUGAAACAACUUUUUUACAAAAUGUGACUCAAUAAAUGUUUUAUAAUGUUAUACAAAUUAAAAGCCUCUUUAGAUGAUUCAUAUGAAAUGCGAAAACAUAUUAAAACAUAUU